UUAUUAGUUUGAAGUCGAAGUCGGGAAUGUGAUGGAAGUAAUCAUGGAACAAUUGGCGGCCUUUGAUUUGGAUAUCGCCUACUUACGUGGCAAAGGAGAAACCAAGAAAAUCGCCGACGAAAUUGGAUUCGAGUUGAAGUUUCCUCGUUUAUACGGUCGGCAAAAAAACCGCACCAAUCUACAAACCGAGGGUACGGAGCUUCUGGUAUAUUUCUGGUUUGUUUUCCGAAUUAAGAACUUCAAUUUAUAAUAGCCAAGAUCAUGACUUAGGCCCGUAUCGUCAGUCGUCCCUACAAUUUUAGGGCGCGCUUAU